AUGACAUCAAUACGUGAAACAUCUGUACGUCAACAUAUAUUUUCAUUAUAUAAUUUAUCAGCAAAUGAAAUCUAUUUUGAAGAUUAUAUUGUUAAUUGUCAAAGUACAUUAAAUGAUGAUCAAGAAACCAAAAUUAAAGGUCGUUUAAAAGUUUGUUCAAAAUCCCUUGUUUUUGUUCCAAUUGAUAUUCGUUCACCCAUGAUUAAAAUUUUAUAUAAACAAAUAACAAAAUUUGAAGAUAGUAAAAAAAAUGAAUUAAGUCUUACUGAUUCAACAAUUAUAUCAUCAAUAUCAAAUACAAAUAAAAAACAACCAAAUAGUUUAAUUCUUAUUUGUUCAUCCGUUAUAUUAAUGUCAAUUAAUGGACGUAUUGAACCAUACACAACUCUUUAUGGUACACAUAGAUUUUAUUUUGAAUUUAUUUAUACAAAUGUUGAAGAUUGUUUAUCUGUUGUUGGACAAUUAUAUCGUGCAACAACAUUACCCUAUUCUGAACAAGUUAUGAUGAUUGAAUCUAUUGUACAAGGACGAUUAAAAAUGUUAAAAUUUGAUUUAACACAAUUACAAGAUUUAAAUGAAACGAUUCUAUUUGAAGAAGAUGCUUAUGUUAUUAAACCAUUGAUACAAAAUCCUGGAAGAUGUUUAUUAACGAAUCAAUGUUGUUAUUUUCAAGCAUUAAAUAAUAUAAAUGAGCAAAAAGUUGCUAAAUAUGACUUACGAACAUUAUAUAAAAUAGCGAAAAGACGUUAUAAAUUUCGAUAUAUUGGUUGUGAAUUACAAUUUAAAUUAAUAAAUCAACAACCUAAUCAAAAGAAAAUUCUUUAUUUAGUUUUUGCUAAUGAAAAUAUUUGUUCAAAAUUUUAUGAUACAGUUACUGCUCAAACAUCUGUUAAAAUUGAUUCAACAACAUUUGAAAAUAUGACAUUACGAUGGCAACAAGGAACCAUAUCAAAUUAUGAUUAUUUACUUUAUUUAAAUGAUCGUGGUGAACGUUCAUUUCAUGAUUGUUCACAAUAUCCUGUAUUUCCAUGGGUAUUAAGAAAUUAUACAUCAACAAAUCUUGAUUUGCAUGAUCCACAAUCAUUUCGUGAUUUAAGUAAACCAAUUGGUGCAAUUAAUAUUGAACGUUUAGAACGUUUAAAAGAACGCUAUAUAAAUAUGAGUUUACCAUCAGAUCAUCAACGUUUUCUUUAUGGAAGUUUUUAUUCUAAUCCAGGUUUUCUUGUUUAUUUUCUUUGUCGUAUUCAUCCUCAGUUUAGUCUAUGUUUAAAUGAUGGUCGAUUUGAUCAUCCAGAUCGAUUGUUUCAUUCACUUAUUGAUACAUGGAAAAGUGUAUUAACCAGUGAUUCGGAUGUCAAAGAAUUAUUACCAGAAUUUUAUAUGUCAUCGGAAUUUAAAGAUAUUGAAGAUGAUGAUGGUGAUCGUCAAGAUGGAGAAUUUUUAAUGAAUAAAUUUGGAAUUGAUUUUGGUAUACGACAUGAUGAUGUACCUGUUAACGAUGUUAUACUUCCACCAUGGGCCGAAGAUCCACGAGAUUUUAUUAAAAAAAUGCGUUUAGCAUUGGAAAGUGAUUAUGUAUCACAGCAUUUACAUGAAUGGAUUGAUCUUAUAUUUGGUUAUAAACAACGAGGUGAAGAAGCACAUCAAGCCGAUAAUUUAUUUCAUUAUUUAACAUAUGGUGUACCAGAGAAGCAUGUAUCAACACCUAUUGAUGAAUAUAAUGAACAAUUAUCAUUUGAAACACAAAUUCUAGAAUUUGGACAAGUACCAAAACAGCUUUUCUUCAAACCACAUCCACGUAAAUUAACUGAACAAGAAUUAAAAGAACAUAAGCAUGAAGAAAAAAAUACUUCCACUAAUAUGGCAUCAACUGUAACUGAGAAUAUUACUAACUUAACUGAUCUACAAUUGACUGAUCAAUCCAUUCAACGUUUACCAUCAUUUGAAGAACAUGAAUUAGGUCAAUUUGAAUUUGAUUCUGUUUGUCGUUUACAUAAAACAGCUAUUACAAGAAUUGUACCACAUCCAUCAUUACCAUUAACACAUCUAUUAACAAUUGGUAACGAUGGAUUUUUACGUAAUUAUAUGGUUAACAAAAGUAAAAUGGAUACAUUCUGUUUUGUAUCAUCACGUCCAUUAACUUGUUUAAAAUCGAUUCCAGUUCAUUUAGCAAUAGACACAAAUGAAAAAUGUUCAUUAGCAUUUAUUGGUAGUUCUGAUAAUGCGUUAUAUAUUUUUAAUUUAGAAACAGGUACAUCUAUAUUAUCACAAGUAUUACAUGAUGAUAUUAUUACAGAUUUGUAUGUUACAAAUCGAUCAAUACCAACACUUUUAUGUACAUCAUCCAAUGAUGCAACUGUUCGUUUCUGGUCAUUAGAAAAUUUACUUUUUAUGAAUGAAGAUAAAUAUAUAUUCCAAACAAAUUAUCAUUUUUCAUCAAAAAUUCAAAUGCAAUAUGAUAUAUCAUUUGAUUCGCCAUGCACUUGUAUGUAUGUAUUAGAAGAACAUUCACUUUUAUCUGUCGGUUGUCAAGAUGGUUCAGUAUAUCUAUGUCAUUUUCAAACUGGACAAAUAUUAAAACAAUUAACAUCAUCAUCAUCAUCAUCAUCAUCGUCGUUACCAAUUUUAUCGUUAUCAUUGCGUUCUGAUGGUCUUUUUCUUGCUUAUUUGUCAGCAACAACAGUAACAUUAGUUGAUAUUAUAUCAGGUACAGAUGUAUUUACAAAUACAUGUUUAUCAAAUGAGCAAAUGUUUAAGUCUUUAUUUUAUUCUUCACAAAUGUUAAUUGUUGGUUUAACGAAUGGUUCAUGUGAUGUAUGGAACUUAAAAACUGGUGAAAAAGUUCAUACAUUAAGUAUCUGUGAUAAAAUAUCUAUAACAACAAUAACACAUAAUCAUGGAAUGUUCUUUUUUGGUACUGAUGAUGGUUCUGUACAUUCUUAUGUAUUUGCCAGUCGAUUACAGUUAUCUAUCUAG